ACCAUCUUUCUUUUCAUUUGUCAACUUGCAGGACAAGGCUGGUGUUAAUUUUUAAGCACUAAGGGGCAACAAAUAUGGGUUUCCAAAAUAUCUGGUACUCUCAUCCACGUAAAUACGGACAAGGUUCAAGAUCCUGCCGAGCUUGCUCGAACAGGCAUGGAUUAAUCCGAAAAUAUGGCUUAAACAUCUGCCGACAAUGUUUCAGGGAAUAUGCUGCUGACAUUGGGUUUAAAAAGCUCGACUAAGCAAAUAUGUCUCAUUCAAGAAUAAUUUGCAUAAUUUAAAUAUAAUUUGAAGUUUGUUAAAAUAAACCACUCUUGAUAUA